CGACAGGCUUAAGAAAAUCGGUUGGAAAAUCAGAAAAUCGUGCCUAUGUUGAAUAUAAGUGCAGUUGAAGGUGGUACUGUGGAACUACCCUGUGACAUAACACCAUCAGGAUACGAUGCACUUCACAUGGUCCUGUGGUUCAAGGAUGGAGGCGAUGGAAAUCCAGUUUACACAGUGGACGUCAGGAACAAAGCACUGAACGACGCUCAACAUUCCUCGGACACCGGAGUCUUCGGUCCGCGUGCUUUCUUUAGAACUCCAAUGACCCGCACAGCAGUUCUAGUCGUCGAUAACGUUAAACGUCACGAUGCCGCAAUCUACAGAUGCCGGGUCGACUUCCGUCAGGGCCAAUCCCGAAGUAUUCGUUACAAUCUCUCAGUUGUUGGAACUCCACCCCCCAGGGUCAGAUGGACGAUCUAUAAUACAAGGAUCGAUGUCUACGUCAAGAGUUCUGCAGAUGUCAUUGAGAAUAAGUAA